AUGGCUGUCACAUCAGCAUAUAUGGCAAAAUAUAUUAUUCGAGAUAUAGUUGCUUAUGUUGGUCCAGCUAGAGAUGUUAUGUCACUUGCUAAAGUAGAGAUUAGUCUCGAUGCUGUACCUGAAGGAAAAAAUGCUGUCUUUGAAUGGCGUAAUAAACCCAUCUUUGUUCGUCAUCGUACACCAGAAGAAAUCGCAAGAGAAGAAGGUGUUAACGUAAGUCAGUUACGUGAUCCACAAAAUGAUGCUGAUCGUUGUAUUCCAAUUGCAAAUGCUGGCGAUUUCGGUGGUUACUAUUGUCCAUGUCAUGGUUCACAUUAUGAUGCAUCUGGACGUGUACGUAAAGGUCCUGCACCACUCAACCUUGAAGUUCCUCAAUAUGUGUUCAAAGAUGACAGUACCGUUAUCAUUGGUUAG